AUGGUCCGCGAUCCCAACUUCUGGCGGCGCUUCAGCAUCGCCGUGCACCAGGACGACGCAGCAAAGGAAGAGAUGACGAAGGCGCCCAACCUCAAGCACUCGUACGUCCCUUCUCUUUCCCCCCUUCCGCGCUCGCCACUAGCAUCGCCCACAUCGUCAUCGCUCAAGUCCCCUGAAAUCCUGCCCCUGGCCCUGCUCUCCUCUGUUCCUUCCCCAUUACCACCACCAACGGAGACGCCCUCCCGCCGGCCCCCACCGCCAAAACGCCCUCGCUCCAAACUGCAAAAGACGCCCUCGACCAAACCCCUCCUACGGCCCGCCAUCCCGCAACCACCCCUAGCAACUCCCCCACAACCAUCUCGCCCUUCCUCCCAGCGGCGCACUUCCUUCCCCCUGCUCUCCUUACACCGCCACACAAACUCGUCCAUGAUGUCCCUCUCCGGCCGCCCGCAGUCAAGCUUCAAGUUCUGGACUACGAUCACCGCUGACCCACCUUGCAGAGACUCGUGGCUCGAAAGCCAGACCAAGAAGCAGCGCCAGCGGACGUGGAUUUGCUGGUGUUUCUGGCUGGGCUUUGGUGUGCUGAUUGCGAGUAUCGUGGUUACGCUGCUUAUUCUCAAGGGGAAGAAGAUUAUCUGA